UUUUGAUUAAAUAAUUUAAAAAAUAAUAAAUUAUAUAUAUAUAUAUAUACACUAAAUAAAACUAUGAGAUAUCUAUAUAUAAUAGAUUUAUUUUAUUGAUAACUUAGGAAUUGAAAAUUAUACUAUUCACUUAAAUGAGAAUAGUUCACAACAAGAUAUUAUUAAUGAAAUUGAUAAUUUAAAUAAAGAUAAGACUGUAGAUGGAAUUCUUGUUCAAUUGCCAUUAAUAAAGCAUAUGAAUGAACAAGAAGUUUGUCAGGCGAUUAUACCAAGUAAAGAUGUUGAUGGUUUUCAUUUAGAAAAUUUAGGUAAUUUAGCAUUAAAUAGAAAUGGAAUUAUUCCUGCAACUGCUUUGGCUGUGAAAGAAUUAAUAAUAAGAAAUAAUAUUGAAACUUUUGGAAAAAAUGCAGUUGUAGUAGGAAGAUCUAAACAUGUUGGUUUACCUAUUGCAUUACUUUUACAUGGUGACAGUAAAGGUAUAUAA